ACGAGUGCUUAAUUUGGAGCAGUAAUGUAGCAGCACUACAGCCUGGUGACCAGCAGAGGGCGCGCGUGGACUCACUGUCAGCUGAUGACGUGGAACGUUAAGGGGGAAAAAACAUGGCGGCGCCCGCAAACGAGCACAAUAACAGUGAUAACAUUGAUGUUUGUAAGCCCAGGUUAAUAAACGAUAAUAAUCCUGAUACCAAACAUGCGUCAGAGGACAGAAGCUGCAUGGAUCAUGUGGGUGAAGUGGUGGAGAGAGAAAUUGGUGGAGAUCUGAAAUCAGUGGGAAAAGUCAAGGGACUUCUUGAGAAACUGACAGCAGAGAACAAAGUGUUAGAGAUGCAGGUGGUGACCGUGUCGAGCUCGGUGCCUUUGCGUGUAUCGGCUGCACUCGCUGCUGCAGAGGAGGCCCGGUCCAAACUGGAGACUUUACUUCAGAGAGAGAGAGUCCUGUCCAACACACUGCAGCAACAUCUCAAGGGAGCACAGAGCUGGAAUGACAGCCUCGGACAAACUCUGGGAGAGCUAGACACACUGGAGAGACACAUGAAGUACCUCCAGUGCUUGUCUCGGAUCGAAGAGCUCAGUGACAGCAUUCAGCAGUUCCUGAUGACUAGCAGUGUCUGGGAGGCAAUCAGUGCAGUAGGCAACAUGGCCACUCUGGACAUGGAUCUUAAAGAGUCAAGCUGCACCCACCUCCAAGCAUUCCUCAGAGAAACACUGAACUUCUGGCAUAAGAUCCUGAAAGACAAACUCUCAAGUGAUUUUGAGGAGGUGCUGACGCAGCUGCACUGGCCAGUAGUGUCUCCCCCGACGCAGUCUCUCUCUCCAUUGGCCAACGCUCAGGAGCUCAACAGCCAAUUGGAGCUGCUCGUUUCUCAGCUCAUCUCCCUGCAGACGUCCGAUGACCUUAUAUCAGAGAAGAAGGAGGUGCCCACCCGCCCUGGCCUGCCUCAGACACCCCCACUCUCACUUCCUGUUCAGAUCAUGCUGCAGCCUCUCAGUAAGAGGUUUAGGUAUCACUUCACUGGGAACCGGCAGACCAACUCACUAAGCAAGCCAGAGUGGUAUCUGACUCAGGUCCUCAUGUGGAUGGGCCACAAUUCUAACUUCAUGGAGGAGAAGAUUCAGCCCAUUUUUGACUGUGCUGGUGCCAAAGUCAAUGCAAAGGUGGAGUUGUGCAGAGGGCUUCUUACUCUGGUGCAUGAGAAACUGGCCCACGAUGCCCAGCGGCUGCUCUAUGACGACGCUCUCUUCUGCCACCUGGUGGAUGAAGUGCUACAGUUUGAGAAGGAGCUGCGCUCCACACACGCCUACCCCAGCAACUACCCCGGAGCCCUGCACAUACUGCUGGAGGAGAACGUCUUUCAGAAGUGGCUCAGUGUGGAGAGAAAGAUGGCACUGGAGAAGGUGGAUGCCAUGUUGUCUGCAGAGGGAGCCUGGAGCUCUCAGUACAAAGACAUCACUGAUAUGGAUGAGCUGAAAGCACCAGACUGUGCAGAGACCUUUAUGACUUUACUGCUAGUCAUCACAGAUCGAUAUCGUUCCCUGCCGUGCCCUCGAGCUCAGCUCAGCUUCCUGGCUCUACAAAGAGAGCUGGUGGACGAUUUCCGCAUCCGUCUCACCCAAGUGAUGAAGGAAGAAUCCCGACAGCCACUGGGUGCCCGCUAUUGUGCCAUCUUGAAUGCUGCCAACUACAUAUCUACGGUUCUGAGUGACUGGGGUGACAAUGUGUUCUUCCUGCAGUUGCAGCAGGUAGCCGUGUCAGUCGGAGAGGAGGUCCUGGGGCCUCUCGGGGCCACAGAGAGUGGGCGCCUGGCCUCCCUGGAGGGCUCUCUGUUUGAAGGACUGCUCGCACUACUUGAGAGACUGAGAGGGGACAUGUUGGGCCGUCUGCUGGAUGCAGUUAUGAGAGACGUGAAGGAGAAAGCCCAGCCUUAUUGCAGAGACAGGUGGAUCUCUUUGCCGUCGCAGAGUGACCAGGCUACCAUGUCACUGUCCAGCUCUGCGUGUCCCAUGCUGCUGUGCCUGAGGGAUCACCUGCUCCAGCUGCAGCAGCUGCUGUGCCUGCCUCUGUUCCAGAUGUUCUGGCAGGGUCUGGCCGAGAGGCUCGACCUCUUCCUCUAUCAGGAUGUGAUCAUGUAUAACCACUUCAAUGAAGGUGGUGCUGCACAGCUCCAGUUUGACAUGACCAGAAACUUGUUUCCUUUGUUUGGACACUACUGCAAGAGACCUGAGAACUUCUUCAAACAUGUGAAGGAGGCCUGCAUCAUCCUGAAUCUGAAGGUCGGACCGGCUCUGUUGCUGUGUGACGUGCUGAAGCAGGAGGAGGAACCGGAAGAGGGCGAGGCCUCUCUGAGACCCCAGCAGCCCACCCCUGAGUCAGCUCUGAAUGAGAUGGGCGUGUACAAGCUGGCUCCGAGUGAUGCACAGAUCCUCCUGAAUCUGCGCUCUGCCUGGCUCAACCACUGAGUUAUGAAUUCUGACUAAAUCAGCAUCAGUGGCCCUUCAACGCAAAGACGCGCAGCUGGCCAAACAACAUUCUUACAUGCUCUCUACUUCUGACGGUGCAGAGUUUACAGAAACUACAGUAUGAAAUGAAGCCGUUCUAAUAUGAAUGGGGUGGCAGUGUUUGGAAAAAAAACUCUCCACCCUGGUGCAUCUUUCCACUCAGUCUAAUCAUUAAAAGGUCUGGACAUGUUGAGAUUGCUGUUUUAAGCGAUCCAAAUAACCUGUAAUCUGUAUAACUAUGUAAUGAGUGUGUCUUUUGAAAGUCUAAUAAAUUCACAGUGGUUGUGAAUAAUUUCCUA